CAAGAGAAGCAGGUCAAAAAUACAUAUGUAUAAUGAUACAGUAGAGACUAACUCUAUCGCAGAACUCGAUGGUAACGGUUGUGCCUUGGAGAGGUUUUGGGAAUACGAAGGUCGCCGGAUUGAAGGGAUCAUAAGCUGGAGAAUUAGCAAUAGACUGUUCGAGUUGCUGAUCUUUUGUUUCUGGAGCUGCACAAGGCUCGUUAGGAGCGCAUGAGGCAUCAGACGCGGGAGCUUCCAUGACUGUGUCAAGCAACUUAGCAAGACUUAUUCAUUACUUAAGCGCUCGGGAUUCUAGACUCACGUGUACGCGUUUGACGCGAAAGCGGCGUUGAGUUCUGCUUCAUGCCCCCUGCACCAGAUAUAAUCAUGCAAUCUUCUCAAACGACGGAACUUCAGAGACUAAGAUGGCCUGUACAUGUGGAAGUCCGUCUAAAGUCGCGAUCAACUUCUCGAUUUGAAACGAUACGCACUCAUGUCCAAGCCUGGAUCACAUCUUUUGACCGCAUAAAUCUUUCAUCUUCUCUAGAUGGCUGGGAAGACGUCCCAGAACUUGCUGCGUCCGUCGAACGAAUCGUCACAUCGGAAUCUGCAUGUCCAUCUCAAUCACUGUCCGUCGAUGAGAUGGCUUUGCAAAUUCACGUGUAUCAGCCUUGCGAAUCGGAUGCCUUCGAAGAGUUCUCAAAUAGUACUAAUGAAGAUGAUGACGAAACAAUGGCCGCUACUGUACGCGAGCUCCCGAAUCGGUCUUGGGAAGGGUUGUGGGAUUCAUUGAUUUAUGAAGACAACAUCAAGCUGAAAUUGUUGGACUAUAUCCACGCAACUUUGGUGUUUAGUGAUGCUGAGGUUGACUUUAAUCUCGUGUCCUGGAAUCGAGUGGUUCUGCUUCACGGACCUCCUGGAACCGGGAAAACUUCCCUUUGUCGAGCUCUGGCGCAGAAGCUUUCGAUCCGGUUAUCACAACGCUACUCUCACGCGCGCUUACUCGAAAUCAACUCACAUUCUCUUUUUUCAAAAUGGUUCUCUGAAUCAGGAAAGCUUGUACAGCGAUUGUUCUCCAGUAUAUCCGAGCUUGCGGACGAGGAAGACGCGUUCCUUGUUGUUCUCAUCGAUGAGGUCGAAUCAUUGACAGCUGCUCGAGCGAGUGCCAUGGCGGGCACUGAGCCGUCUGACGGUUUACGUGUAGUCAACGCGCUCCUGACUCAACUGGACAAAUUGAAGCACCGCAAGAAUGUUCUAGUGAUGUCGACCAGCAACUUGGUGAAAGCCAUCGACAGUGCCUUUGUUGACAGAGCAGAUAUAGUUCAAUAUGUCGACCUUCCUCCUCGCGAAGCAGUUUACGAAAUCCUCCGCACCAGUUUGUGCGAGAUCAUCAAUCGAGGAAUUAAUGUCCCUAGUCUCCAAGAGGCCCUCAUAUACGAGCGUACAGCUCCAGCUCAUUCUUCUACGAUGAUUUCCAAUGGGUCCGACGCUCACGAAAAGUCGAAACUACUUGGAUUACGGCUAUUGACGUUGGCUACGCAGUGCAAGGCCCAAAAAAUGUCCGGUCGUGCGCUUCGCAGACUUCCUGUCCUUGCACUUGCACGCUACAUCGGUGCAGAGAGUAUAAUCUCGUCUGACAAUACUGAGAUAAAAGGAAGAACCAAGGUGAAUGGUUCUACCGGAAGCGGUGCAGAUAUCGACAUGUGGCUUUCUGGAAUGGAAAGUGUUGUUGUAGAUCAGGGGAAACAAAGAGAGACUUUGCUUUGAGGUGUUUCCCAACAGGUUUCUUCUCGUGGAGGAUAAAUUGCAUGAGUUCCUCAAAUUCAUCCUGUGCAUA